AGCGCUGCUGUGAUUGGCCGACAGACAUUUUUCUAUCAUUUUGAUUGGUCCCUCGCAUCCUUGUUUUGACAACUUACUUCCGGGAAGUGCUCGCGUGUGGCGUGCGUUGUGCAGGUCUGUCUGGUCGGAGGUCGUAAUGUCUGAGAGCAGCAUCACCGAGGUCCCCGCUACAGGAGGAGAGGAGCAGGCAGGAGGAGGAGGAGAGUCAGAGAGGGACAGAGGAGGAGGAGGAGGAGGUGGAGGCGGUGGAGGUGGAGGCCUGACUGAUGCACAGAGGGAGGUUUUGGAGAAGUGUCUCCAUACGCUCAGACACACUACAAACGACAGCCACACACUGGCUGCCCUGCUCCUGAUCACCCGUUUGUGUCCAGCUAACCAGCUAGACAAGCCCACCUUGAGGCGCAUCUUUGAGGCUGUGGGCAUUAACCUUCCAGCCCGGCUGCUGGUGACAGCAGUCAGAGGGAGUGAGAGCUGCAGGCUGCCCCCGGAGGAGCUCCUGUCUCUGGGCACUGCUCUGCUGGCCGCCCUGAGCACAGACACAGACAUGGCCUCCCAUCCUCAGCUCCUCACCACCGUUCCACUUCUGCUGAGGAUCCUCGCUGAGGGUCCCAAAUGGACCCAGCAAGCCGCCCAGGGAAUGGAGAGCCAAUGCAGAGAAGGGGUGGAGACUGAAAGGACUCACACGAGGCAGAGUCAGGGUGGUGAGGCUCAGUCGGCAGAGAUUUCAAACACAACAGAUAAGCCUGAGCAGAGCCCGACUGGAGAGACUGAAACCAGUAAACAGAAGGACAAGGAGGACAAUUCAUCAGCGCCUCAGGAACACUCUCUGUCCCCCCAGCUGGAUGAGGCCAUAGCCGCCGAUUGCUACCAGGUGUUGACUGCGGUGUGCGCCUUACCCAGGGGUCCCGACCAGCUGCUGACGCGGGGGGCCGUCCCAGCUCUGUGCCAAGCACUCGAGCAAAACCAGACUUUGAGCCACAAGAGGGGGCUUGCCUUGCUGGGCUGCAUCCUCUCGGGUAAAACCAGGGACAAAGCAUGGAGGAAACACCCCACUGAGCUCCUGGCUCUCCUGGUCAGGGUGUCCAAAGAGUUCUGCCAAGCCAAAGACCAGGCCAGGCUGGAUAUGUGCACCCAGUUGGUGCAGUUUCUUCCCCCGGCAGGAGGGAUGGCAGAGAGCGAGGAGCUGAAGGGAGUCGUGGCCAGUGUGUGGGAGGUGUUGAGGCCCAUGAUUCAGGCUAAGUUGACACCAGGACAGAUCGGGCCCAUUCUGGUGCUCAGUGCAUGUCUGUUGGAUUUGUAUGGGUGGGAGCACGUGGGCCCUCCGAAGUUCUGCUGUUUGCUCGUGAACCGCGCCUGUGUAGAAGUCAGGAUGGGAUUGGAGGAGCCGCCCGGCAGCGACCUGACCACAGAGCUGCAGCACACACUUACAGGCUGUUACCGCAUCAUGGAGGCUGCCAUAGAGCAGGCCUGCAGUGCAGGAGUCCCGCAGGGCGCCGCAGCCGAACGCAGUGCCACCUCCGGGCUGACUCUGCAGCAGAGCAGGCAGGUCCUCAGGGUGCUGGAGGAGGCCUUCUCUGCUGUCAUAUACCACCUGCAGCAGGUGGAUCCAAGUCGCUACGGUGACCCUUUCAUUUACGCCACGUUCCGCUCCCUGUGCUCCUGGCUGGCUGAGGAGACUUCCUGUCUGAAGGAGGAAGUGACCGGCUUGUUGCCGUUCCUGAUCGGCUACAGCAGGAGCCAUCUGCAGGGUGAGAGCCCAGAGCAGGGCCUCUCCAGCUGGAUGUCUGAGAUGUCUGUCAGUGAGGAAGGCGGGGCUUGGACGAGCAAAACCCCUCUGAGGUAUCUGCUCCCAGCUCUGUGCCACCUCUCCGCAGAAGAAGGCCCCAGGAAGGUGCUCCUCACCCUGGACACCCCGGCCCUGCUGGUGGACUUCCUGUCCCAGUGCUGGAGCUCCCUGAAGGGGAAAGGCGGCGGGGUGGCCGCGGCCCGGGACCCCAGCAUGGAGACGGCCUGCUCGGCCCUCCUCAACUUCACCGUCACAGAGCCGGAGAGAGUCAGGAAGGACCCAUGUUUCAAAACCCUAGAGGUGCUUCUGAGUGAAGCACUUCCUGUUCUGGUGUAUAAACCCCGCCUUGUGGUUCUCGCUGCCAAUUACUGCACCCUGGGGCUGAUGAUGGGCCGACUCAAGCCGGCUCCUGCAGGCCCUGUGGAUGCAAGCCAGAGGAGGUUCUUCUCUGCAGCUCUCCGGUUCCUCCGUGGUGCCCUGGACUCUGACGCAGGCUCCGGCUCCGGCUCCAGCUCCGGCUCCGGCCCAGCUAGGGUGAGCCUCAGCUGGGAGGAGUGGUGGGACGAGGCUGCAGAGCUGUGGAGGCUGGGGCUGCAGGCUCUGGGGGGCUGUAUCCGCGCCCAGCCCUGGAUCACAGGCCUGAUCAUAGAGGAGGGCUGGUUGAAACACACACUCACCAUGCUGGGACUGUGUAGCGCACUGCCUGACCAGCACACACAGGAGGCGCUGGAGGAGGCUCUGUGUGCCAUGGCGGACCAGUGCCCCCUCUGUAAACAGCAGAUCGGAGACACCAUGAUGAGAAAUGAUAAAGCAGCUCUGAGCUGUAUGGGGAACCUGAGAAAGUCGGUGGGAGUGAAGUGAAACCAAACUGCUACUGGUGAUGGACAGUGUGGGAUGUGGAAAACUAAAAAUGAGUCGCCACUAUGAUGAAAAAAUAACGAGGGCUUCCCCUUUCCAGGUACAAAGGCUUUCAAAUGUGCUUGUUAUCUUUUCCAAACUGGCUUGUGGAUUAAAAAAAAAAACUCAAAUUUUGUCUCAUGCUGUCUUGUCAGUAAGACGAGUGUCUCCAAACAAAGUACCAAUGGUCUCGUGGUUUUUGUAAAAUGAAGUUGCAUGGAAAUGAAGGCAAAAUAAUGAAAUUUCUAUGUAUCAUAAUAUUCAUUAUAAUACAGUGUAAAUGUCUGUGCUGUCCACAUUGAACUGACAAGGCACAGACAAUCUUUCAUGUGAAUGCCAAAAUGGAAAUGAAUUUAAUAAAGAACUAUUUUGGUAUAGAACCACAA